CGCUUCACACGAGGUAAAUCGGCGGAGAAGUCAGCAUCAGCAUUCAGUUUCAAAGUGAAGGCUGAAGUGGCAGGAAGUGUUGGUACACUAUGGAGGAGAAAAAGCCGCAGGUCCGCGUCUGGUGUGACGGAUGUUACGACAUGGUUCAUUUCGGCCACGCAAAUUCUCUUCGACAGGCAAAAGCCCUGGGGGAUUACUUGAUAGUGGGUGUGCACACCGAUGAAGAGAUAACUAAGCACAAGGGACCGCCAGUCUUCACGGAAGAGGAAAGGUAUAAAAUGGUUAGAGGCAUAAAAUGGGUGGACGAAGUUGUGGAAGGGGCACCAUACGUGACAACACUUGAGACACUCGAUCAGUACAACUGUGACUUCUGUGUCCAUGGAGAUGAUAUAACAAUGACAGCUGAUGGAAUUGACACAUACCACCUGGUGAAAGCAGCUGGAAGAUAUAAGGAAGUCCAACGCACUGCUGGAGUGUCGACAACUGAUCUCGUUGGUCGUAUGUUAUUAUUGACAAGGCAGCAUUUCCAGCAAGGAGCUCGAGAAUAUGAAGUGGGCCGAGAAGGUCCGAGCAAUAUGGGUCAAGAUUCUUCAGCUCGUUCACCAUGGACUGGCUGUUCGCAGUUUCUUCCAACAACGCAAAAAAUAAUACAGUUCAGUGAUGGUAAACCACCAAAGCCAAAUGACAAAAUAGUUUACGUGGCGGGUGCUUUCGAUUUGUUCCAUGUUGGGCACUUAGAUUUCCUUGAACAAGCAAGGAAACAGGGUGACUAUUUGAUUGUGGGACUGCAUACAGAUCCAGUAGUGAACAAGUAUAGAGGAGGCAACUAUCCAAUCAUGAACUUGCAUGAGAGAGUGCUCAGUGUUCUUGCAUGUAAGUAUGUAUCAGAAGUUGUUAUUGGUGCGCCACUGGUUGUAACUAAAGAGCUCAUGGAUCACUUCAAGGUUGACAUUGUCUGCCAUGGGCAAACUCCUAUACAAACGGGAGGCUUUGAUGAUCCUUAUGCUGAACCUAAACGACAAGGAAAAUUCAAAUUACUGGACUCUGGAAAUACAAUGACAACAGAGAAAAUUGUUGAAAGGAUCAUUUUACAUAGGUUAGAAUUUGAAGCCAGAAAUAUGCGUAAGGAAAAGAAGGAAAUAGCUGCAUAUGAAGCUUACACCAAAGCCAAGAAGGAAGGGAAAGUGUAUUUAGAAAGGAUAAAUAUUCAACAAAGCUAAAAGAAGAAAUGAAUUUGGCCACAGAUCAUGUCUGUUACAUCGUUUUAUUGUGUAUUUGUUUGAAAGUCUUGUUUUUGAUACAGUGCAGCCACUGCAUGGAUGGCUGGAUCUAAACCAAAGAAUAAAAUUUAUAUUAUAAUUUUAGAAAAUUAUUUACUUUCAUACAUACCAAUUAUCAUUGUUGUAUCAGUUUUUGUUUUACAAUUUUACUCCAUAUUUAUAGAUUAAAUUUUAAACCUUUCAUCUGUUGAAGUACUGUUGUUGUUUGUUAAAAUGUUAAAUUGUACAUAAAUGCACUGCAGUUCACCUGUUACCAGAUUUUAAUGCUUGUGGUAUUGCACAUUUGUGUAUUUUAUACAAACCAAAGUGUGUGCAACCUUUUUGUAGACUUUACCAUCAAAUCUGAUCAAAAUUUCAGUAGGUCACCACUUGCUUAAAUUCCGGUAUAUACUGCAAUGCAAAUAUUUAUAUAUCCAAUUGUGAACCUCGUAAGGAAAAAUUUUCCAGUAUGUUGAACUAGUCAUUGUUGAUUAUUUUAAAAGUCACUGAAAUUUAAAUUUUGGUACCUGAGUUGAAACUGUUGCUAAUUUGAUAACCAUCAAUAA